AAACCCCUGUCUGAAUUUUUUUCUCCGACUUCCAUUUUUUUUAUAGCUAAGUUAGAUUUUAUACUACCCAGUACUCACUGCCAGUGAACUGGUUUGGCCUUCACUAUUUCCAGGCAAAACUUCAAUACUGCACUCUUAGAAAGAGAGGAAACGGAGAAUGAGGAUAGAGAGCAGCGAAGAAGAUGAUGACUUCCCAUUAAUCGAGAGUGUAACCCCCCAGUCGAAGAUCGAUACAAUUUACCAAUCCGCCACUGAAAAGGGAAUCAGAAAAAUUUCUUUUGAGCUCUUGGAACUGAAAGAUGCAGUAGAGAACAUCUGUGGCAAUGCUCGCACUAAAUGCUUGGCCUUCUUGAGGUUAUCAGAAGAAGUUGCGGAGACGAAUCACGAAUUGAAUGAGCUAAGAAAGUACAUUUCUUCCCAUGGGGUUCUUGUCCAAGAUUUAGUUAAUGGUGCAUGUCAUGAAUUAGAUUUAUGGAGCCGAGCUAUUUCAGAUGUUAGUGAAACUCAAGAAAGCUCUCAAUCUUGUGAUUCAACUGAUGAUUACUCCAUAAGCGCAUCAGAAGCCGUCCAUUUAUCAUUUUUGGAAAGUAUUGAUAUUCUUCUGGCUGAGCACAAAAUUGAAGAAGCAAUAGAGGCAAUAGAUGCUGAAGAGAAAAGUCACACAGAAACAAGAAGUGUGGGAGAUACUUCAUCUGCAGAUGCAUCACCUUAUAGGUCUGCAUUGUCAAAAAGGAAAGCUAUGCUUGAAAAGCAGCUUAUCGAGAUCACCGAGAGACCUUCUACGGCUGUUGUUGAGCUCAAAAGGGCUUUGUCUGGUUUGUUGAAGUUAGGGAAAGGUCCCUUAGCUCACCAGUUACUUGUCAAGUCAUUUAGGUAUCGCCUUCAAAAAAGCAUUGAAGCUUUCCUUCCACUGUGUUCUUGCUAUCUUGAAACUUACUCAGCAACUUUGUCUAACCUCGUAUUCUCUACUAUUUUAUUGGCUGCCAAGGAAUCCAUUUCGAUGUUUGGCGAUAAUCCUCUUUAUAGUAAUAGAAUUAUUCAAUGGGCAGAAAGGGAAAUUGAAUCUUUUGUGAGAUUAGUUAAAGAACAUGCACCAGCUUCUGAGACAGCUCCUGCAUUACAUGCAGCAAGUUUUUGUGCUCAGACUAGUCUUAACCACUGCUAUGCCUUGGAAAAGCAUGGCCUGAAACUCUCGAAGCUGCUUUUGGUUCUAUUGCAACCAUAUAUUGAAGAAGUGCUUGAGCUGAAUUUCAUACGAGCUAGAAAAACAAUUCUCCAUUUUGCUACAAGUGAUGAGGAGAUAAUGCUUUCACCUCGUUUUGCAUCUCCAUUAUCUACUUUUGCCACGCCAUCUGGCCGGCAGCUUGUUGAAAGUGGCAUGAGAUUCAUUUAUGUUGUCAAAGAAAUAGUUGAACGACUCAGCCCAUUAGUCAUUCUGCACUUCGGAGGCAAUAUAUUGGCUAGAAUUUCACAGCUUUUCGACAAGUACGUAGAUGCAUUGAUAAAAUCCUUACCAGGCCUUUCCGAAGAUGACAACCUCACUGAGCUGAAAGAGUCUGUGCCUUUUAGAGUUGAGACAGACUCAGAGCAGCUAGCAUUGUUGGGAACUGCUUUUACCAUUUCUGAGGAAUUAUUGCCAAUGGUCGUCUCCAGAAUAUGGAAUAUACUUACUGAAAGCAAUGAAACUGAUACCGGGGGGCUUUCUGAUGUCAUUAUAACGCCUCCCUCCAACACUACUGUGGACGUUAAGGAGUGGAGGCGCAAUCUACAGCGCUCACUUGACAAUCUCAGGGAUAGCUUCUGCCGACAAUAUAUUGUGAACUUCAUCUACUCAAGGGAUGGCGAAGCACGACUAGAUGCACAAAUUUAUUUAAGCGGGAUGAGUCUGAUGUCAGAGGUUGAACCUCUUCCUUCUUUGCCAUUUCAGGCUCUAUUUGGUAAGCUGCAGCAGUUAGCAACCGUGGCUGGUGACGUACUAAUUGGGAGGGAGAAAAUACAGAAGGUUUUGCUUGCCAGGCUGAUUGAGACUGUGGUCAUGUGGCUGUAUGAUGAGCAAGAAUUUUGGAGUGUUCUGGAGGAUAGUUCUGCUCCUCUUACACAACAUGGAUUGCAGCAGAUAAUGCUGGAUAUGCACUUCACUGUAGAGAUAGCACGGUUUGCUGGUUACCCUUCCAGGAUAGUGCAUCAAAUAGCAUCUGAUAUAAUGUCUCGUGCAAUCAGGACAUUUUCUGUUCGGGGGAUUGUACAAAGUGCUCUUCCAGAGGAUGAGUGGUUUGUAGAAACAGCAAAAGGAGCAAUAAAUAAGCUUCUUUUGGGUGGGUCUGGAUCAGAGGCAUCUGAGAUCUAUGAUGACGAACAUAUCAUGCAUGAUGAGUUUCUCAUGGAUGACUCUGGCUCACCUUCUUCCCUUUCAUCAUUGGACAGUUACGAAUCUUUUGCUUCAGCACACUCCGGUGAUUUUGGUAGCCCAAGUUUUACUGACUCCGACAACUGACUCUUUCUUGUGUGACCUUUGAAUAAAAUACAAGCUUUAGUGUUAGCAAUGAGGCUCUCUAGCGGUAGGUACCAAGGUAAAAAGAUCAUUAUGUAAUUCUGCGCCUACUUGGUGAAGAUAAUGACAAUCAAUUUUACUGACGAGCUGUCAUGACGCCAGCUGAGGCUAUAAGUAAGGGAAGUUCAAGGACUGAAGUGCAAUUGCCUGAGUGAAAUCAACCUAAAAUGACAGAGAACUUAUGGAGGCUGAUUCUUAAUGCAGAUAGAUGGCAUUUGAAGAGCUGGCGGUCUACUUUACAUUAUUUUCCAUUUUGUCCCUUCUGUAGUUCUGUAUUCAGGAAAUUGUCUCUAGAAAUAUUUGUAGUAAUAUGGAUUUAUAGUUUGUCUUUUAAUGAUUGAUGAAAUGAAAAGUACUGUCGUUUUCUCUGUUCUUAUUCUGCUAUUCUUGAUCCCA